AUGGAAGCACGACUUUUGGAGAUUGAAGAACAAUUGAGGAAGAUGGGUGUAGCAAUGGAGGCUCUCCAGCAAGAAAAUGAGAGCCUUAGACAGAAAGAGCAAGAAUAUAGUGAGGGUGCCAUGCCAAACCACAUAGCGAACAACCAGAGGGAGAGAGGGUUUGUUGGAGGAGGGACCUCUGCAUCUAGCAGACAAGCGCAUGCUCGUAGGGCAAGAUACGAGGAGGUUUACACGACAGACAGACCUCCCAAGCAACCAAGGCGUAAGAGCUCGAAGAACAUCUCCUUUGGGGAAGAAGAUUGCGAAGGGGUCCUGUACCCCCAUGAUGACGCACUAGUAGUAACAUUGCUGGUCACCAACUACACUACUAGACAAAUUCUGAUCAACAACGGAAGCUCAGGUGACAUCCUAUUAUGGGAGGUCUUCACCAAAAUGGGUAUUGAUCCUAGUAAAUUGAAACCAUCACCCAUGCUGCUAAAAGGUUUCUCCGGGAAUGUGGUACAACCCCUAGGCACCAUAACCCUACUUGUCAUAGCUAGGAAAGGAGCAUACAUUGCCACUACCAUGACCGACUUCCUAGUAAUCAGAGCCCCAUUGUCCUACAACACUAUAUUAGGGCAUUCAACCUUGAAUAGACUUAAAGGUGUCACUUCUACCUAUCAUUUGAAGAUAAAGUUCCCGACAAAGGUAAGAGUAGGAGAGGUUCGCAACGAGCAAGCCCUAGCUCGGGAGUGCUUUGUGCAAGAGCUUAAGUAA